AUGUACCCCGUUGACGCCGCCAGUUUCCGCCCUGAGCCACCACCGUCCCACCCCCUAAAACCAGACGCACCACCACCAAACCCACCCAACCCAGAGGCUCCAACCGGUCCACCACUACCUGAACAACCACCUUCACUUACCCCACAAGAAAUCCCCCCUCCUGCCCCGAACCUCAUGCCGGCAGUUCCAACUGAGCUUCCAAACGUGCCUUCGCCACAGGAGAUCCCCCCAUUGGUCGACCCUGGCACCGCCGCUGAGCAUUUUUUGCCUUUGCUGCUGCCUUUUGAGUUUGGAAAUUACAUGCCGGAUUGGUCUCCUGGAGGGGUGCCGAUUCCUCCUGGACCAGACCUCCCAGACCUCCCGCAGCCACCAAUUCCUUCCCCGCCAGUCCCUGAUGUUCCGCCACAGGGACCGCCUGACAAUCUUCGGCCUCCGCCGCGGAAGGGACCACCGGAUGUGUGGCCGCCGCCAGAUGUUCCGCCAAGGCCCCCGGAUGUUCUGCUGAUGGGUUAUUUUAUUCAGCCCUUUGGGGUUGGAUUGCGGGUUUACCUGGGAUGA